ACUGAUUUCUCUGCGAAUGAGCGAGGAACAGACGAGAUGCCAAAAACUCCAGCAAGACGCAUUAUUUGGACUUUUGGAAAACUCGCGUUUUGAAUAACAGAGAAAGGGAGAAGACUUGAGCCUUACGGGGAGGCAGCAGAAGCGGCGUGCUUUUUCUUCUUGAACUUUCAGGAGCGCUGUGACCAUGCAGCCUGUAAGCUAGAGCAAGAUUAUUGUUUCCACUUAUCACCCAACUGAGUGAUCAGUUUGAGAGGAAGCCAAUAAAAAAGGAAAGGAAGACUAAUAAAGACAGUUGUCGUUGAAAGUAAUGGUCCGAAGAUAUCACUCAUAGAACAGGAUUUUUUUCUUCUUCUUCUUUUGCGUUGCUCUUCUCAACGUUUUUGGAAUCGCUGGCUGGGACAUUUCACCAAAGCUGGAAGCGACAGAUCCACAUGGUCCAGUCCGUAGAGUGAAAGUAGAGUUCUUCAAAUAAUCCUAACAGGUGCCACGUGAUGAUGGUAGAAUCAGCAACUGAGACCAUUCGAACAACACCCUCCAAUCAAAAUGGAGUCAGCAGCCUAAGUAGCCAGUCAGACGGCGGAGGAAGAGAGGGGGGUUCCAACGGCGACACCAAUGGGGAGAUCAGCUCAGUGGAUUUACUGCACCUUCAACAGCAGCAGGCCCUCCAGGCAGCACGCCAGUUCAUCCUCCAGCAAGCUACGGGACUUAACUCCCCAAGCAGCAACGAGGUCAAACAAAGCCCUGUACAGGUGCCGGUAUCCAUGGCAAUGAUGACCCCACAGAUGAUAACUCCUCAGCAGAUGCAGCAGAUCCUCUCUCCGCCUCAACUUCAAGCAUUACUCCAACAACAACAAGCCCUUAUGCUGCAACAGCUGCAAGAGUACUACAAGAAGCAACAGGAGCAGUUACAUAUCCAGCUCUUAACCCAGCAGCAGCAAGCAGGGAAGCAGGCCAAAGAGCAGCAGCAGUUGGGGAAUAAACAUCUGGCUUUCCAGCAGCAGUUGAUCCAGAUGCAACAACUACAGCAGCAACAUAUUCUGAACCUACAAAGACAGGGCCUGGUGAACCUACAACCAGGUCAAGGGGCAGUACCCAUUCAGAGCCUGCAGCAAGCCAUGUGUCCCACUGACCUGCAACAGUUAUGGAAGGAUGUGGCUGGUAUUCAGAGCACAGAGGAGGCCAUGAAACACGAGGGUCUCGAUCUGACCACCAACAGCUCUAACUCUACCUCAUACUUGGCCUCCAAGGUCUCACCUCAGAUCUCUCAUCAUUCUUUGCCAAAUGGACAGAACUCUGUGCACACUCCAAAGAGAGACAGAGCAAGACUCUUCGAGUGGAUCUCGUCCUUCACCAAGGAGUCCAGCGACGAGCAUCUCACACCGUACUCCAAAAGCGCUCCACUGCAGAGCACCCACUCUACCCACGAGGAACACACAGCCUCCCACCCGCUCUACGGACAUGGCGAGUGCAAGUGGCCUGGCUGUGAAGCGCUCUGUGAGGACAUGGGCCAGUUCAUCAAGCACCUGAAUAGUGAGCACGCCCUGGAUGAUCGCAGUACGGCCCAGUGCAGGGUUCAGAUGCAGGUCGUUCAACAGCUGGAGAUACAGCUGGCCAAAGAGAGCGAGCGGCUGCAGGCCAUGAUGGCCCACCUGCACAUGCGUCCAUCAGAGCCAAAGCCUUUCAACCAACCUCUAAAUCUGGCCUCCAGCAUGUCACUGUCAAAAAGAGAAAGCGAGGGGUAUCCUGAGGGCUUGCCCCACCCCCCCACAUCUGCCGCCACCCCCAUCACCCCCAUGAGACAGGGACCCUCCGUCAUCAGCUCCUCCAGCCUGCACGGAGUCGGACACAUCCGCCGGCGCAACUCUGACAAGUUCUGCACCCCUAUCGCCUCGGAACUUGCACAGAAUUGUGAAUUCUACAAAAACGCUGAUGUCAGGCCUCCAUUCACCUAUGCCUCCCUCAUACGGCACGCCAUUCUGGAAGCCCCUGACCGACAGCUGACUCUAAAUGAAAUCUAUAACUGGUUUACACGAAUGUUUGCCUAUUUCAGGAGAAACACAGCAACAUGGAAGAAUGCUGUGCGCCAUAACCUGAGUCUGCACAAGUGCUUUGUGCGCGUGGAGAACGUCAAGGGUGCAGUUUGGACCGUGGACGAAGUGGAAUACCAAAAGAGGAGACCACCAAAGAUGACUGGAAGUCCAACUCUUGUGAAAAAUAUGAUUUCUGGACUGGGAUUUGGCUCCCUGAAUGCCAGCUAUCAGGCUGCACUAGCGGAGAGCAGUCUUGGUCUUCUGAAUAGUCACACCCUGAUGAACAACAGCACGGGUGCAAGCCUCAACAUGCUGCACGUCGGCCACGACGAUGUCAGCAGCACAGUUGAACAGGUCAACAGUAACGGCAGCUGCAGCCCUGGCCUCUCUCCACAGCAGUAUGGACAUCAGAUCCAUGUGAAAGAGGAGCCAGCUGAGAUGGAGGAGGACAGCAGACCGAUGUCCCUCAUGGCAUCCGUCACUCAAAACCUGAGCAUACCUGGUGAUGAGCAUGACAUGGAGGAGGAGCUUCCCACAGAGGACCUGGAGUAAGAGGAAGAAAGAUGGUGGAGGCGGAGCUCACUAGCCAGCCCCUCCCUCAUAUUCAAAGUGUUCAAGUGAGAAAAACAAUGAUGAUAACCAACAACAACUACAAAAACCAAAACAGGGUUAGACCUUAUCAGUUAAUAAUGCAAAAACACACAACAUGCUUUUUUCCCCCUCUCUUUUUUUUACGUUUCCCAAGUCGGUACCUUCAAAUAGGCCGUUUGAUGCUUUACAGCAACUAUGAUAGAAGUAUGGACUGCCAUAUCUAAAGUUACUGAGGGAAACCUGAUGAGUAACAACUUUUUUUUUUUUCAGAAGUCACCUGAGAAUUCUCUAUUUUUUGUCUUUUUAGCUUUUAUUGUUAUGUUCUUUGCACCUGAGAACACUGCUUUUCUAUGGGAGAAACACACAGCGGUGAUUUACCUGCAUUAGAAGUUCACAGGUCUGAAAAAGAGAAGAUGACAAACGUCUUUAGAAUGACUUCAGCUCUCAGAUUUUUGUAUUCAUUCAAGGGGAUCCUGCAAGACUCAGUAACUUUGCGAUCACAAAGAUACAAGUUCACCACUUAUGGCAAAAGCAAAGACUGAAACACAACAAGCUGAAAGACUGGCAAAGGCAUCCCUGUCCAGCUGACCAAUUUUUGACUCCGGGGGAAACCGGGGGAAGUGGUAUUCUGUCUUUGUAUAGUGUAUACCUCUCUGAUCAGACAGUGACUGUCUGCACCUUCUUUAUCUGAUGGUAUCCACAAGCACUUGGCGGAACGUGUUUUUCACCAAUCUCUUCUUUUGUCAAACUCAAAGCAGAAGUGUUGCUACCCCCAAAAAGGCAUAUUUCAGGAUAAGGAACGUUGCUGUUGUUCUCCUGUGGUGCUGUUAUGACAGCCAGACUGAUAAUGAGGCUUGUGGAGGACUGGCACUCAGACUUUAAUGACUGUAUUGUUGAUUAUAAUAUGUGUGCAGUAGCGUUCAAUUUCUCUUUCAAUUUUGUUUACUUUCAUAGUCAUUUAUUUCUAAAGGAUCAACAUUUUUCAUUGUGAUGUAAUUCAACUAGUCUUCUGUUAAUGAUUGUCUUUUUUUGUUUGUUUUUUUUUUACGUUCUCUCACUAUUCCAAAAAGGGGUUACGUUUGGGAGAGAAGUUCCAAUAUCCUAAUUCUACAAACUCAACCCCCAAAAAUACUUCAAAACUUAUCAGAGGUAGUUGAGGAUAGCACUUAACGUUAAGUGAUAGAUACAGAAACAAACAGCAAACAGAACCACAUAUAAAAACGAACUUUAAAUACCAAGGUGACAAACCACUCGAGCAUUUCUAAAGCGUAAAAUGCUAAUACUAAAGAGACUGAGGUUGAAUACACAGUGCAGGGCUCCCUGUAAGAUCCUGAAAAAAACUUUACAGGCACUCACAUCUCUCUUUUUUUUCAUAAAUUUGCUUCAUUUAUUAAAAAAAUUAUAAUUUUCAAAUCUGCGCCAUUUACUACUUAAUUUCAGAGUUUUAUGUAAGAGCCGAUUGAUAUCAGCUGCGAUACAAAAUAUUGCUUUAACUUUAAAGAUAACACAGUCACGGAAUACCUCAAACCACAGUGUUUGCCCCUCACUCUGUUAUUACAAAGGGGAUCAGUACUGUGGCUUAUAAACAUGGUGACUUUCACAUUAUCAGUCCUAAGUUCUGUAGUUAUUAGAUAUAUAAAAAGUGAUUUGCAAUUCACUGUGUGAUUAGAAAGUGUCUGAUUAGCAUGUGAGAUUUUGCUUUCAAUGAACUAUAAAAAGAAACUUCUCAGUAGUGCCAUGCCAAACUCCAAGUUUUCAUUUAAUAUAUGUUGCUGUUUUAGUUUUCCCCAUUUGACUUUUGUUACAGGUAACCAAAGAGAUAUUUAGUAAACCAAAAACUCUUUUUAUUUAUAAUUUCUCCUUGCUAAAGAACUGGCCAAAAGAACGCA